AAAGCUAAGAUUUGGAGAGAGUAACCUCCAUUAUUUCCUUUGGAAACACUGGCUUCAGUUUGAAUCAGCUCAAACUUUUAAAAAUAUCAUAAGGAGAUUAUAAUAAUAUAUUUGUGUAUUGUUUUGUGUAGAUGUUCCACAUUAGUGAAUUGGACCUGAUGAAUCCAGUGACAUACAGAGACCAAUCCAAUGGAUGGAACUUUAUCCGUAGUCUCUGAAACAAGAGCUAGUAAUAAUGACAAAGCACCUUCAAGUGGAGGGACUCAUAAUGUCUCUCAGACGUCAGUGGAUGAAGAGAGGAGAGAGAGGGGGACAGAGGAGCUGACUCUAAGUCACACUGAUACUUUUAAUGCUGACAGGGUCCCAACAUUACCUAUUGCAACACUGUUAGAUAAAAUACCAAGAUAUAGAUCAGACAGCACUGGAUCUGAUGAUACUACAUUAAUACCAGUAUUACUGCCAGUACUAUUACCAGUGCUCUUAUUGACUAUCCAAGGACAGAGGAGGGGAUUGACUUCCGCACAAUGGGCAAUCAGAAUGCAGCCAGACUACUGGAGGAGUACACAUGCAACAUGAAACUACACAAUGUUUCCUAAGACAAUCAAGGGAUUUCUGUAUACUUGUAUGUGAGAGAUCAGAGGUACAUAAAUAAAG